AUGGAGGAUAAUGACUAUGUAGCUUACCAGAAUUCAGAUCAGCUUCGAACAAGUAGCAACCAUGUUCUUCACUCCAAAGUGAAAAACCGUGGAGCAGCAGCCAAGAACUCAAAACCGUCUGUCACGUGGGCGGGGAAUUCUGAAGAACAUGAUCCAAGCCACGAUUGCAAAGUGGUUGGCUGUGAACGUGUAAGUGUUAACGUGAGUGGUAUGUACUACGAAUGUCGCGUUGGGAUUUUUAAUCGCCAUCCCACCACGUUGCUCGGGGAUCCGAACAAACGGAAGAAAUAUUACGAUAAAAAAAGAAAGGAGUACUUCUUUGAUCGCCAUAGGCCUACCUUCGAAGCGAUCUUUCACUAUUACCAGUAUGGCGGCAAACUUCACCGGCCGCCUGCAAUCUCCGAUGAUGUCUUCCUGACCGAGGUCGAAUUCUAUGAAAUAGAAAAAGAAGUUGUGAAAGAGUACAUGGUAAAUGAAGGCUACACAGACGAACAUAUCAUCUUACCCACAAAUGAAGCUAUGAAGACAGUAUGGAUGCUUUUUGAGUAUCCAGAAACGUCAAGCGCAGCCUUCAUGAUAGCAAUCUUGUCUGUGAUAUUCACAGUUAUCUCCAUUAUCUUAUUCUGCGUGGAAACGUUACCAAUGUUCUCUGAAUCACAUUGUGUCGAAGGAGAAGGUCCCAAUUUCCUCGACCCCUUCUUCAUCAUCGAAACCAUAUGCACGGCAUGGUUUACACUAGAAGCGGUCAUUCGAUUCAUUGUGUGCCCAAGCAAAAUCGGAUUCUUCAAGGAUUUCAAAAAUUGGGUGGAUAUAAUGGCGGUUGUGCCGUACUACGUUACCCUCUUCAACGUGCUUCUCAGCUUUAGCUGUCAAGGAGCCAAGUCAAGCGCCUCUCUAUCCUUCCUUAGGGUCAUUCGUCUUGUCAGAAUAUUCAAAUUAACGAAACAUUCCGCUGGAUUACAGGUUCUGGCCCUUACGUUCAGGGCCAGUGCGGAAGGCUUGGGUCUCUUCCUCGUGGCGCUGAUGGUGUGUGUCCUCCUCUUCUCCAGCAUAAUCUACUACUGCGAAAUGGGGACGGGCGAGGAACAAAUCUCGAGUAUUCCGGAUGGUUUCUGGUGGGCCGUGAUUACCAUGACCACGGUCGGAUAUGGUGACAAAUACCCUGCAGGACCCUUGGGGAAGCUUAUCGGGUCGCUAUGCGCCCUGGCUGGCGUACUUACGCUGGCAAUCCCUGUACCUAUCAUUACUGAAAACUUCAACAAAUUCUACACCCAUAAAACUGGAAGAGGGCGAGGGGGUGGCUCCGGAUAUCAUCCAAGCAGUCAUGGCGGUAACGCCAGACUGGAGGAUAACGAUUACGUCGCUUACCAGAAUUCAGAUCAGUUGCGUGCAAGUAGCAACCAUGUUCUUCACUCCAAAGUGAAAAACAAGGGAAAGUAUUCGAAACCGUCUGUAACCUGGGCGGGAAGUUCUGGAAGUGACCAACUGAUUGACCCCAACCACGACUGCAAGGUGGCUGGGUGCGAGCGUAUGAGCGUGAAUGUAAGUGGAAUGUACUAUGAGACACGUGUAGGGGUAUUCAAUCGCCACCCCCUCACGUUGCUCGGGGAUCCCAACAAACGGAAGAAAUACUACGAUAAAAAACGAAAGGAGUAUUUCUUUGAUCGGCAUCGGCCAACUUUCGAGGCGAUUUUUAACUAUUAUCAGUAUGGUGGCAAACUUCACCGACCACCAACUGUAUCUGAUGAUGUCUUCCUGAGCGAGGUGGAGUUCUUUCAAAUAGAAAAGGAGGUUGUGAAAGAAUAUAUGGAAAAUGAAGGAUAUACGGAGGAGCAUAUCGUUUUGCCAAGAAACGAAGCUAUGAAAACAAUAUGGAUGCUUUUUGAAUACCCAGAAACUUCAAGCGCAGCCUUCAUCAUAGCAAUCUUGUCUGUGAUAUUCACAGUUAUCUCUAUCAUUCUAUUCUGCGUGGAAACUUUGCCUGCUUUCUCCGAGUCUCAUUGCGUCGAAGGAGAGGGUCCCAACUUCCUCGAUCCCUUCUUUAUCAUCGAAACCAUAUGCACAGCCUGGUUUACUCUAGAAGCGGUUAUCCGGUUUGUUGUUUGCCCAAGCAAGUUUGGAUUUUUCAAGGAUUUUAAAAAUUGGGUGGAUAUCAUGGCGGUGGUGCCCUACUAUGUUACACUGUUUAACGUUCUCCUCAGCUUUAGCUGUGAGCGAGCAAAAUCAAGCGCAUCGCUAGCCUUCCUUAGGGUCAUUCGUCUUGUCAGAAUAUUCAAAUUAACAAAACAUUCCGCUGGAUUACAAGUUCUCGUCCUAACUUUCAAGGCCAGUGCAGAGGGCCUGGGCCUCUUUCUUGUGGCUUUGAUGGUGUGUGUUCUGCUCUUCUCCAGCGCAAUCUACUACUGCGAGAUGGGGACUCAGGACGACCAAAUUUCAAGUAUUCCGGACGGGUUCUGGUGGGCCGUGAUUACAAUGACCACGGUCGGAUACGGUGACAAAUACCCCGAAACACUCUGGGGUAAAUUAAUUGGGUCGGUUUGUGCAUUAGCUGGGGUGCUUACGCUAGCCAUCCCUGUUCCCAUAAUCACCGAAAAUUUCAACAAAUUCUAUACCCAUAAAACAGGACGAGGACGGGGACAAUGA